UCUGGCUCCAUCCGCGGGGGCCAUGGACUCUUCCUAGUUCCUCCCCCCCCUCCCUAUAAACAAGAGGAGAAGCCGCCUCUCGCCUCAACUAGACUGCAUCUCUCUUUCUCUCUCUCCCCCUAUUAUCUCUCUGGAGCCAACGAACAUUGUUGGACUCGAAGCUCCGUCGAGAUCGGGGUUCGAGCUGCGCCGUCGUCUUCUCCGGCCAUGGGGACCCAGGCGGAGAACUACACGCCGCCCAAGGAUGAGAGGACAGCGCAGGAGAAGGCGAUCGAUGAUUGGCUCCCGAUCACGUCGUCGAGGAAAGCCAAGUGGUGGUACUCGGCCUUCCACAAUGUCACCGCCAUGGUCGGUGCUGGGGUGCUCAGCCUCCCCUACGCCAUGUCUGAGCUUGGUUGGGGCCCUGGUAUUGCGGUAAUGACGUUGUCGUGGAUCAUUACGGUGUACACCCUGUGGCAAAUGGUGGAGAUGCACGAGAUCGUUCCGGGGAGGCGGUUCGACCGGUACCAUGAGCUUGGACAGUACGCCUUCGGGGACAAGCUCGGGCUCUGGAUCGUGGUGCCACAGCAGCUCGUUGUCGAGGUCAGCCUCAACAUCGUCUACAUGGUCACCGGUGGCAACUCGCUCAAGAAGUUCCACGACGUCAUCUGCGACGGCAGGUGCAAGGACAUCAAGCUCAGCUACUUCAUCAUGAUCUUCGCCUCCGUCCACUUCGUCCUCUCCCAGCUCCCCAACUUCAACUCCAUCUCAGGCAUCUCCCUUGCUGCAGCCGUCAUGUCGCUCAGCUACUCGACGAUUGCUUGGGGUGCCUCUUUGGACAAGGGUAAGUCGGCUAACGUGGACUACAGCCUUCGGGCAACGACGACAGCAGGACAGGUUUUUGGCUUCUUGGGAGGCCUAGGUGAUGUGGCAUUCUCAUACUCUGGUCACAAUGUGGUGCUGGAGAUCCAGGCCACCAUCCCAUCGACGCCCGACAAGCCUUCCAAGAAGCCGAUGUGGAAGGGUGUGGUUGUUGCCUACGUAAUAAUUGCCGCAUGUUACAUGCCGGUGGCGAUGAUCGGUUACUGGGCCUUUGGCAACAGUGUUGACGACAACAUCCUCAUCACCCUCAACAAGCCCAAGUGGCUCAUCGCCAUGGCCAACAUGAUGGUCGUCGUCCACCUCAUCGGCAGCUACCAGAUUUACGCGAUGCCGGUGUUCGACAUGAUGGAGACGCUGCUGGUGAAGAAGAUGAAAUUCGCGCCCGGCUUGAAACUCCGUGUGAUCGCUCGUACCAUCUAUGUUGCAUUCACCAUGUUCGUCGGCAUCACCUUCCCAUUUUUCGGCGGCCUCAUCGGGUUCUUCGGCGGGCUCGCCUUUGCACCCACGACAUAUUUUCUUCCCUGCAUCAUGUGGCUCAUCAUCUGCAAGCCCAGGAGGUUCAGCCUCUCGUGGUUCAGCAACUGGACCUGCAUUGUUCUUGGGGUGCUACUGAUGAUUGUGGCGCCGAUCGGAGGGUUGAGGCAGAUCAUCAUGUCUGCCAAGACUUACAAAUUCUACUCGUGAACAUGCAAGAAAUCUCUCAGCUAAGGAGUCUGCUGAAAGUUUUUUUUUGUUUUCAAUCCUGCAAAAGAAGAGAGGCCAUUGCACCACAGCUUGUCGCCGGUGAUCUACAGUCCGACACGUGUCAGUUGGACCAGGAGAGGCUUGUGUUUAGUGGUAAUAUCAUGUCGGGAGCUUGGUGCUUGUAUUCCUAUUUCUCCCUAUAAAUAUAUUGAUAUAGGGAUAUGAUGAGGCCAUCGAUUCAUGGACAACAGAAAAGAUAUUACUCGUAUUGGAUUAAUAAUAUAAUCUUUGUUUGUUCCGCUUUGCUGGAUUA